ACUUUUUUAAAAAACCCUAUUUUUCUCGCAUUCUCUCUUCUAGAUUCUUCAAUCUGUCGACUCUCUCUUCUCCAAUACUUUUUUCUUUAAAUCCUUUGAUUGUCACCACUUCCGGCUAGAUAUGGUGUUUGGACAAGUAGUAAUUGGACCUCCUGGAUCAGGCAAAACCACUUACUGCAAUGGAAUGUCUCAGUUCCUCUCUCUUAUCGGCAGGAAGGUUGCUAUUGUUAAUCUGGACCCUGCAAACGAUGCAUUACCGUAUGAGUGUGCUGUGAAUGUUGAAGAAUUGAUUAAGUUAGAAGAUGUUAUGGUGGAUCCUGCGCUUGGUCCUAAUGGAGGUCUUGUGUAUUGUAUGGAAUAUUUGGAGAAAAACAUUGACUGGCUUGAAGCUAAGUUAAAGCCUCUUGUGAAGGACCAUUACAUUCUCUUUGAUUUUCCUGGCCAAGUGGAACUGUUCUUCAUUCAUGACAGUAGCAAGAAUUUUCUCACGAAGCUGAUAAAAUCGUUGAACCUUAGAUUAGUUGUUGUGCAACUAAUUGAUUGCCAUCUAUGUAGUGAUCCAGGGAACUACAUAAGCGCGCUUCUUCUCUCAUUAUCCACAAUGCUUCAUAUGGAACUCCCACAUAUCAAUGUCUUGUCCAAAAUUGAUUUGAUUGGGAGCUACAAGCUAGAAAGUGUUGGAGAACUAAUAAAGCUCAUUGACAAGAGCAAUGGAUACGUAUUUUCUGGCAUUGAUGCAAGUGUGGUUGAAUACAGCAAGAUUGCAGUUGUUGCGGCUGUGCAAGAGAAGUAUAUGAAAGAUGAGGAAACAGAAGACUGAGGAGGAAUAGAGACAGCGUUUGAAACUUCCAAAGAAGAAGAAUCAGUGAUGAGACUGGUCUAAAAUUUCUCUCAACCAAACCAUGUACCGGUUUGCAUGAACCAUUUUUUAAUUUUUGGUUUCGUUUAACGUCCAAACAGCAUUGACUAACUGGUUUGGUUCACGGGAUUAUGCUAAUUUUGAGACUUGUAGUAAUUAAUUAUAAGUAAAGUAGUUACACUUCAUGGAAAGUGACUGUAAUUUGAUGGGUAAACAAUUUCUAUUUUUAACUCUCGUAUGGGGUGGAAAAUGUUUUUUUUCAGAAACUUAAACGUAAACCAAAAACAAUUCUAAAAGCAAG